AUGUUUUGUUGCCUUUUUUUUUUUUUCUUUCUCUCUCUCUGUCUCUCUCUCUUUGACAAGAGUUCAAAUUUUCACCAUGAAAGAAGAGAAAGAUUUUACAACCUAACCAUAAACACCAUAUUAAUACUAUCCCUACAGACCACCACACACACAAACACACACAUAUUUAUAUAUAUAUAUAUACCCUUAACAAUGUCGACUGUUCCAAAACAAUUAUAUUAUCGAAUAACACAAAUUAGAUCAUCCAUAGGGAUGCCACCAAAGACUCGUAAUACAUUAACGUCAUUAGGUUUAAAAAGAAGAUUUCAAGUCACUUAUGUUAAAGUCGAUCAAAGUUCAGCUCAUCAAUUAGCUCUAGUUAAAGAAUUAGUUAAAGUUGAAUUAAGUGAAGAGAAGAAGACUAGACAAGAGAUAAAUCAAGAAAGAAAAUAUAAACCAGGGUUUGAAUUGAUUAAAGAUGGAAUGAAGAAAACUUAUACCUAA